UAUUUGUAUCUAAAUACAAGUAGAAAGUAAGAUUUUUCUAAUUUCUGACUUGCUUUCUGGAACUUGCUGCGAUAGUUUAUUUUUUAUCCCCUAUUACGUCUAUGGUAUCGGCUAUUGAAAUUUUCCAAAAUGGCUGCCGUCAGGUGAAUUUUGAUUCACACGAACGAUUUUUUAUUAAGCUCUUUUCGCCGCAUAAUUCUGAUGAUCACAGCGUCGAGCAUGAUAUUUCUGCUAAGCUGAAGGUUUAAUAAUCUACGAUGGCCACUACGGAGAAGCUUCUGAAGGCCUUCGAGUCGCUGAAGGCGUUCCAACAGGGAACUGUCACGGGGGAGGAGACCGCAUCCUCUAGCCAGACGGCUCCAGUUGGUCAGAUGUCGAAUCUGCUCACUACUAGCCCAGCUGAGUUCACUGAAGUUGCCCGAGAUAUUGUGGCGAGUCUGGCCACUGGGAAGAAAGAGCUUGCUGUGGGCAAGAAAGACCGAGUUGCUCACCUGGUAACAAUAGCAGAUGCCAUGUGUGCCAGUAACUUCAGGACCAUGGCUGAAUUUCCCAAGUUCCUGGGGAUCUCCAUGGAGAUGUUCCUGGCUUCCUGUGAUGACAAGGAGUCAGACGUGAGGAUGGUGGCUGACGAGUGUCUGAACCGGACAGUCAAGAUGCUGCUGGAAACCAACCUGGGCCGCCUUCAAGUUGAACUGUAUAAAGAAAUAAAGAAGAAUGGAGCAGCGAGAAGCCUUCGGGCUGCCCUGUGGCGGUUUGCGGAACUGUCCCAUCUGAUCAGACCGCAGAAGUGUCGUCCUUACGUGGUGAACCUCCUGCCCUGCUUCAACCGGAUCUGUCGACGUCAGGAGGACGCUGUACAGGAGACCCUUGCUAACUCUUUAAAGAAAACCUUCCCAGUGCUGGGGAGCUUCACUAAUGAUGCAGAAAUCAAGGUCCUGCUGAAGACAUUCCUGCCCAACCUAAGAUCUACGUCAGCCGUGACGAGACGUACUGCAGCCAGCUCCCUCGUCGUGUUCUGCCAGUACUCCAGAAAACCACGCCACUUCUUCUGUUGGCUGUUGACUGUCUUACUGGGCAUGGUCAUCCCCAUCCAAGAGGACAGGAAGUCUCACACGUUGUUAGGCGUGCUGCUGUGUCUGCGUCACCUGGUGCCACACCUAGCAACCCUGCAUGACCUUGAGGAUGACAGUCUCAAGGGCAGCUUUGGGGUCACCAAGAAAGAUCCUGAACUGUCCGUCAAUACAGAGCAACUUGUACAGAUAUUUGAGCUGGUACUGCAUUACUCUCAACACACUGAUCACAAUGUGGUCACAGCCUCCCUGGAGACAUUCCAACAGCUGCUGCGCACCCCUCCCCCAGGGCUGCUGCCGGUGCUCACCAGACCUGGAACUAUCACUCAGUCAUCCAUCUUCAAGGAGGCGGGUCAGCAGAGGGUUGGAAGUGCCUCCCAACUCUCAGGUGUUGGGGAGGAAGAUUCCGGCAUGGAGGAUGACAGGUCAGAGGUCAGCUCCACAGCAACCGACGACCUCCCUCCCAUCGUGAAACUCAACCUUGACCCCAGCACCAUGCAGCCCAUGACCUUGGAACAGUCCGCAUCUGCUGCAGACCUGGAAACAUUAGACUCAUCUGCAGCUGAGUCCAGUGGUAUCGGGUUACUACAGACAGGUGGGGAGGGGGGUAUCUUCAACGCAUUAGAAAAAGUGGAAAGAUUACCCGAUACAGCAACAGAAUUCUCUGGGCUGAAGUAUGACCUGUGGAUCCAGGCCAUCUGUGAGGAGCAGGGCACACCAGCCCUGCAGCUGGAGUCUCUGGUGUCCCGUCUCCAGGCAUGUCUGACUGACCAGGCUUCUGUCACCUGCAGGAUGGCCUGUGUGGCGCUCAAGACAUGUCUGGUGACAUUGCUACAAAGUUCCUCUGGAGACCUGGGACUGAGACUUGUCCUGGCUACCCUGGGACAGAGAGACACGUCCUACUGGUUGGGUAAAGUGGAGCUGUUGGAGUUGCUGUCACUAGUAGACUUCAAAUUAGUCAAGUAUCUAGAGGACAGUUUCCCAUUCAUGAGGAAAGGAGAACACAGUUAUCUUGGGGCGAUGAACUGUCAGCAGAGACUGUUAGAGGACAUAGUGUUACACCUGAUGGGGGACGAUGACUACAGGGUCAGACAUGCUGCCACAUCAGCUCUCGUCAGGCUUGUACCUAGGCUGUUUUAUCCAGUGGACCACCCCCAGCACGAUCCUGUUGUUGCUUCGGCCAAAGUGUACAGUUCUGCCCACCUGGACCAGGAGGGCCAGCAGCUGGGAGAAGAGCCGUACCGCCCUCCCCCCUGCACCAUGUGGGGGUACGAGACGUCCGGACUGGUCAGCGCCAGCCUGGAAUCUAGUCUCUCCAGGGUCAUCUCAGCCAUCAUGAGGAGACUCAACAGCUCCACUUCCAAAAGUCUGACAUUCGGGUGCCUCCAUGCGCUGUGCCAGUUGUCUGUGGAGUUCCCUGUGUGCCAGUACACCACGGCCUGGUGCUGUGUGGGCAUCACCACCUUCACACCCAAGGACUCCAGUGGACGGGCCAACCUGCCCAGACCGGGCAGCCGCUCCCGCAGCCUGAACGGCAGUCUGACUAGCAGCAUGACUAGCAGCUUGACUAGUAGUAUUACUAGCACAUCCAGUAUCAGCAGUGUUUCCAGCCAGCUCAGCAUGGAAGAAUCCAUCACAGGAUCAGGAGGGGGGCCCCUGCCCAUGGUGCUGUCCCUCCUGCUGUCGUCAUGGUUACCGCUGGACCUGGCCGCCCAUCAGGACGCACUCCUGCUGGCGGGGAACCUUCUAGCAGGUGCAGCAUCCAGAUCCCUAAAAGCUCCAUACGAAGAGGAAAAACCCUCUGGGAAGGAUGGAGCAAAGGAAGGAGGGAAGGAGGAGGAGGAGGGAUGGCACGCCCUUCAGGACAGGAACCUGGUGCCGCUGGCUCAGCAGCUGCUGUCUCACCUGGCCAGGGUUGUCAACGUCUGCUCACAUGUCAUCGAGCAGGUCACACCUGGCCCACCUGCAAAGACGGCCCUGCCCUCCCUGCCUAAUGCCCCCUCCCUGAGCCCCAUUAAGAGGAAGCCCAAAGGUAAAGACGGAGUGGACCAGGGCAGUGCCACUGCCAGCCCCAGCAAGAGUUCUGCCAAGAAGGGAUCAGAUGCAGCAUGUAUACUUGUUGUUGAGGCACGGCUGAAGUAUGACCUGUGGAUCCAGGCUAUCUGUGAGGAGCAGGGCACACCAGCCCUACAGCUGGAGUCUCUGGUGUCCUGUCUCCAGUCAUGUCUGACUGACCAGGCUUCUGUCACCUGCAGGAUGGCCUGUGUGGCGCUCAAGACAUGUCUGGUGACAUUGCUACAAAGUUCCUCUGGAGACCUGGGACUGAGACUUGUCCUGGCUACCCUGGGACAGAGAGACACAUCUUACUGGUUGGGUAAAGUGGAGCUGUUGGAGUUGCUGUCACUAGUAGACUUCAAAUUAGUCAAGUAUCUAGAGGACAGUUUCCCAUUCAUGAGGAAAGGAGAACACAGUUAUCUUGGGGCCAUGAACUGUCAGCAGAGACUGUUAGAGGACAUAGUGUUACACCUGAUGGGAGAUGAUGACUACAGGGUCAGACAUGCUGCCACGUCAGCUCUCGUCAGGCUUGUACCUAGGCUGUUUUAUCCAGUGGACCACCCCCAGCACGAUCCGGUUGUUGCUUCAGCCAAAGUGUACAGUUCUGCCCACCUGGACCAGGAGGGCCAGCAGCUGGGAGAAGAGCCGUACCGCCCUCCCCCCUGCACCAUGUGGGGGUAUGAGACGUCUGGACUGGUCAGCGCCAGCCUGGAGUCCAGUCUGUCCAGGGUCAUCUCAGCCAUCAUGAGGAGACUCAACAGCUCCACUUCCAAAAGUCUGACAUUUGGGUGCCUCCAUGCGCUGUGCCAGUUGUCUGUGGAGUUCCCUGUGUGCCAGUACACCACCGCCUGGUGCUGUGUGGGCAUCACCACCUUCACACCCAAGGACUCCAGUGGACGGGCCAACCUGCCCAGACCGGGCAGCCGCUCCCGCAGCCUGAACGGCAGUCUGACUAGCAGCAUGACUAGCAGCUUGACUAGUAGUAUUACUAGCACAUCCAGUAUCAGCAGUGUUUCCAGCCAGCUCAGCAUGGAAGAGUCCAUCACAGGAUCAGGAGGGGGGCCCCUGCCCAUGGUGCUGUCCCUCCUGCUGUCAUCAUGGUUACCGCUGGACCUGGCCGCCCAUCAGGACGCCCUCCUGCUGGCGGGGAACCUUUUAGCAGGUGCAGCAUCCAGAUCCCUAAAAGCUCCAUAUGAAGAGGAAAAACCCUCUGGGAAGGAUGGAGCAAAGGAAGGAGGGAAGGAGGAGGAGGAGGGAUGGCACGCCCUUCAGGACAGGAACCUGGUGCCGCUGGCCCAGCAGCUGCUGUCUCACCUGGCCAGGGUCGUCAACGUCUGCUCACACGUCAUCGAGCAGGUCACACCUGGUCCACCUGCAAAGACGGCCCUGCCCUCCCUGCCUAAUGCCCCCUCCCUGAGCCCCAUUAAGAGGAAGCCCAAAGGUAAAGAUGGAGUGGACCAGGGCAGUGCCACUGCCAGCCCCAGCAAGAGUUCUGCCAAGAAGGGAUCAGAUGCAGGUUUGCCGACAGAAAAGGAGCCUGAUCGCCCCAACAAGAGUAACAUUGGCACGUUCUGGCAGCUGCCGGGGUACAUGAAACUGUACUCUGUGCUAAAGGGGGCCUACUCAAACUACAAGGUAUCCCUGGACCCCAGUGCAACAGAGAAGUUCACUGGUCUGUUGAAGACUGUACUGAAUGUCCUGUCACAGGUGCUGGAGAUAGCAACAUUUAUAGACAUCAGCAAGUAUGUUGAGGAGCUGCUUAGUUACUUGAAGUCUACUGUUGCCAUGGAGCCAACGUCAACCAUCCAGUGUGUGGAACAGCUCCUGAAGGCUCUAUUUGGCACCAACUUGGCCAGCCAAUGGGACGGCUCGCAGACAGCAGAGACGUCGCGUAAACCCGGGAAGGCAACUCGUCUGUCGUCCAACAUGAAGCCUGGCCUGUACCACUACUGCUUCACUGCGCCGUACACACAGUUCACCCAGUCCCUGGCAGCCGCCAGCUUCAGAACAUCACAGGCAGAGGGGGAGGAAGGGGGAGGGAUAUUGAGCUGGUUCAAACACAGAUCAUCGGACAAGAAAGUAUCACCUGCCAUUGCCAAAUUGGUCAAGGGAGACAAGACUCCCAUCCACAACUACAUCCGGCUGUUUGAGCCCCUGGUCAUCAAGUCCCUGAAGCUGUACACAGUCACCAGUUCUGUCACCCUGCAGAGGCAGGUGCUGCACCUGCUGGCACAGCUAGUACAGCUGCGUGUUAACUAUUGUCUGCUCGACUCCGACCAGAUUUUCAUAGGGUUUGUCAUCAAGCAGUUUGAGUAUAUCGAGGCUGGUCAAAUCAGAGGCUCAGAGACGCUGAUCCCGCCCAUCUUCCACUUCCUGGUCCUCCUGUCGUACGAGCGGUACCACUCCAAGUCCAUCAUCGUCAUGCCACGCAUCAUCCAGCUGUGUGACGGGGUCAUGGCCAGCGGACAGAAGGCCACCAAUCAUGCUAUCCCAGCCCUGCAACCCAUUGUCCACGACCUGUUUGUGUUGAGAGGCAACAGUAAAGCUGACCAGGGGAAGGAGCUGGACACUCAGAGGGAAGUGGUGGUGUCCAUGUUGGUCAGACUCAUCCACUAUCCAGAGGUUCUUGAGAUGCUGACCAUUGUACUGCAGCAGUGCCACAAGGAGAGUGAGGACCGGUGGAAGAAACUGUCCAGACAAGUAGUGGACAUGGUGCUGCCCAUGCUGGCCAGACAACAGAUCUGCCUGUCCACCCCGUCUGCGUUGAACACCCUGCACGGCCUGUUUGAGUCGGUCACACCCAGCUCCCUGCGACCGCUGGACAUGCUGCUGAAGACUCUCUUCUCUCCACCUACAGAUCUGACGAGUCCAGACAGUUUUCUCCGCUGGUCCUGCAUGGUCCUGUCCAUCCUGCGAGUGCUGAUCUCCCAGUCAAAGGAAGAAGUCAUCAUGGCCAGACUACAGGAGCUGGGACUGUCAGCUAACAUCUUCACCAACAAUGUGAUUUAUCGAGCUAAAGGCAGAGCUGUGGACCUGGAUGGUGAUGCUCCUUUUGAAGAAGUCCCUGAAGAGGCUUUAGCAAGGUUUUUGUUGCAGGUCAUCGGUGCGCUGGCAGAGGAGAUCGCCUUCCGAUCUAACACAUCAGCUCUCCAGAGGGAGGGUUGCCACAGCUUAGCACAGCAGCUGGCUCACCUGCUGUUGUAUGUCACCUACAUCCUGAAGUCAGGUUUGUUCAGGAAGGUUCUGUCUGCUGCCAUGGCCCUGCCUGAGGAGUCUCCCACAGAGGCGUACUACAGUGUGGAGCAGCUCAACCUGUUCUUCCAGGACAUGGUGCCCUCCCACCCCACCCUGGUCCUGCAGUGGUGCCAGAUUCUCCUCCUACUCAACUUUAACGAGCUCAGCUGGUGGAGUGAGAUCAUGCAGACGCCCAAGAGGAGCCUGAAGGCUAGCAGCAGCAGCAGCAACAGUGGAGGUGGUGGUGGGAAGAAGGGGAAGGCAAGGACUCCAGACGAGGUCGCCAACAAAAGUGCAAUAUGCUGUAGUGAGGAGGUGGUGCGCAGGGGAGGGCUCAUCCUCUUCUGUGACUAUGUGACUCCUGUCUUCACCCCCCUCAUUCCAGCAACAGCCACUCUGUAUGGGGAGCUUGUGCUGGAGAAGAAAUGUCAGAACCUGAGCGAUGUGGAACACAUGACCUGGGUCAUCAUCAACCAUGUAAAGGACCUCAUAGAACUGGCCCAGGAGCCCCCUGUACAGGACUUCAUAAGUGCAAUUCAUCGUAACUCUGCUGCUAGUGGACUCUUCUUGCAAGCCAUCCACUCAAGAUGUGAGAAACUCUCCAAGCCAUGUAUAGUGAAGUCCAUGCUGGGGUGUUUAGAGGGGAUUCACCUGACCCAGUCUGGUACCCUCCUCACCCUCCUGAUCGACAAGUUCCUCCAAACCCCCCAUCACGCCCUCGCCAGGAUGUGUGACUCCCUGGCCUGUCGGAGGGUCGAGAUGAUCCUCGCUCAGCCUGUGGAGGACAGUAGAACCCAGUUUCCUGUGGAAGAUGUGGAGAAACUGCAGGUCUUCAUGAGAGAAUCAGGGCUGGCUCUCAGACAUCAGCGACUUGCCUCCCUGCUGGCAAGGUUCAAGGCUGUUAUCACUCACCAGGCUGUUCCACCAGUGGAACCUCCCCCCUCCUCCCACCCCCUAGAUGCUGCUAAUAUCAACAUCGCCUCCCUUUCUAUCAAUAAGGACCUGUAUGUGGCGACAGUUCAGGACCACUGCUUCCGACGGGACAGUAAUGCCCAGGAGUGUGCUCUGAUGCUCAGCAAGCUGGACUACUCCGACAUACUCACCAUCAUGAUGACCAAGGAGUUCCACAUGAGGCUUCUAGAAGACUCCAUCUCAGUAGGACUCCACCAGUCCCUGGCCUCCUCCUCUAAAGCUGACAAGCUCAACCGAACAAAAGGUCUGAAACUGGGGAAGGCUCACAGCCUGCUGCGGGCGUCCUGCAUCACCCUACUCCGUCACGUCAGCAACAUCGUCAACAUCCUCCCCAGUCCGCAGCAGCUGGUCUCCCCCGGCAACCAUCACCCGGGUAACCACACCAGCCGCAGCCGGACUCCGCCACGGGAGAAGUACCGACUGAAGAUGGACAUGUUGUUUGCUGACAGAGAGUGGAGGCAUUCAGUGUUCCACAUGGCAGCAGGACUGACUGUUUACCUGCUCUCCCUGAACAAGAUUCCAGAACAGUGUCAGGUUCCUGAGGACUCCUUCACUGAUAUCUGCAGAUUUAGCGUGUUGGUCUUGGAGAUCCUGUGCUACCUGCUGUACAAGGGUCGGACGCCCAGCUCCCAGCAGCUGCAGACAGCUGUGGAAUGCUGCUGUGCCGUGCUGAAGAACCUGCAGCUGUUUGCUAUCAUUACAGCUACAGAACACGCCAACCUGGUCACCACUGCUGUGGGCAGCAUUCAUCAAGUCGUCAAGUCAGUGUGCAUUAGUGCUGGAGAGAAACUGUCACCUGUCAACUUACCUGAACCAGGGGAAGACAAAAAUGUCUCAGAAGAUCAACAGAGGGCACUUCUGGCUUGCAGACAGAUGUGUGAGCUGCUGCAGUGCUUAACAACUACCCUGUCCCCAGCCAACACCAGACUCCCACAGUUCCUUGCCGCACCACUGAGGAAUGUGGUGUUGAAUCUAGCCAGGCUGCCAUUGGUCAACAGCUAUGCCAGAACCCCACCAAUCGUGUGGAAGAUGGGGUGGGGAGCGAUGCCGGGGGGAGAGACUGGGACGAAACUGCCCGAACUUCCGUUUGACUUCCUACAGGAGAGAGAAGUGUUGAAGGAUUUCAUCUUCAGGAUAAAUGCUGUUGGAUGGACAUCACGGACACAGUUUGAGGAGACCUGGGCAGGCCUGCUGGGGAUUCUGAGUGCACUUCCUAUUACUGUUCCUGCUGAGAGUAGGGAGGAGGAAAUUGAGAAGACCCAGGCAAACGUCCUGGCAGUGAGGACCAUCACUGCCCUGGUGUUAGACUCCACUCUGCACCCUCAGCCAGGAAACCCUGCCAGCAGUGUGUACGAGUACCGACCCCGCAGCAAGCCUCCUUCUUAUAUCAACACCAGGUCAGGAAGGAAGCUUGCUCAGGUCAGACACAUUGUUGAGAAGGAAAUCAUGGCAAUUGCAGCAGAAAGAUGUGACCUUUGCUCCCAUCAUCCAUACUUCAACAUGCACGAGCACCAGUUGCUGGAGGGGGAGGGGGGCCUGUACAGCGGAGAUGUGCACAGGACACUGGGCUUCACAGACUAUGGGCUGGGACAUGUGUCCAUCAAGUCCAUCUGGUCUGACAACCACAUCCUGAACCAGACACCGGACACAGACGAGGAGCCUGAGUUCCCCGAGCAGGAGGAUGGGACGUCCCAGCCGCUGGUGACCACGCCGCGCCGGUUCCGCGGCGGACUGGACAUCCACUCCUGUCUGCAGUUCCUGGUGGAGCUGUACAGCCAGUGGAUGGAGCCCACAGCCAUGCCCAGGACUCCUGUACCACUGCUGUGUGAGGUGGCCAAGUCGAUUUUGCUAAUUUCCGACCUGUUCACUGAGCUGCGUCAGUACGAGUGGAUGUUUGACUCCUUACUGGAGCUGAACAAAAUCCAUCCCGUGGAGGACGAAAUCCUGCUACAGUACGUGGUACCUGGAGUCUGUAAGGCUGGAGCUGUCAUGGGCAUGGAAGGACCUGUAGCAGAAAGAGUGUCCAAACUGCUGGAGUCUUCUCUAAAGAGCACACAUCUCCCAACCAAGGUGGGUAGUGUGUACGGCAGCCUGUACAUCCUGGAGGCAGGUCCAUCUGAGGCCACCAAGCUGCUGGUGCCGGUACUGCAGGACUACCUCGGCAAGAACAUCCCGCCCACUGCACAGUGCUGUAUUGUACACGUGGAGCCCCAUGUCUUAGCCAUGUGGGCUACAGUCUUCUACCUACUGGAGCAUUACCAGGAUGACUUAAAGGAGUCAGACUUCAAGUCCACCAUGCUGCAAGCCGCCAUCACCACGGCCUCGGGGAGUGAGGAGGUCACGCCUGCGCCGGUGUACCACGCCGUGGUGCGCGGCCUGGAGAGGCUGCUGGUCACCAGGGUACUGACCGGCCAUGAAGCAGAACCACUGGUCAAACUCAGCGUGGACAGACUAUGCCUGCCCAGUCCUCCCCGUGCCAUCGCAGCGCUGGGCCUGAUGUUGACCUGUAUGUACACAGGGAAGGACGGAGGUGACCUCAGCAGCGACACCGGCUCCGAGCCGACCACACCCGACAACGAGUCACUCAUCGUUGCCAUGGAGAGGGUCACUGUGCUGUUUGACAGGAUCAGGAAGGGUUUCCCGUGUGAGGCUCGUGUGGUGGCGAGGAUCCUGCCAACCUUCCUGGACGACUUCUUCCCCGCCCAGGACAUCAUGAACAAAGUCAUCGGGGAGUUCCUGUCCUCACAGCAGCCACACCCGCAGCUCAUGGCUAAGGUCCUGUAUGAUGUGUUCCACAACCUGCACGAGCGAGACCAGCAGCAGGUGGUGCGAGACUGGGUCAUGCUGUCCCUCUCCAACUUCACCCAGCGCACACCUGUUGCCAUGGCAACAUGGAGCCUCACCUGCUUCUUCCUCAGCGCCUCCACCAACCCCUGGGUCUGCGCACUAUUACCCCAUGUGAUCGGGCGCAUGGGUCUGAUGGAGACUGUGGACCGUAAGCUGUUCUGUAUCACUGCACUGGACUUCUACAAAAACCAGAUCACAGAAGAACUGGACAGACGAGCGUUUGAGUCCAUCUUUCAGGCUGCGUCAUCAUCUGCUCCUGAUGGCCCCUAUCUGCAGCUCAUCCAGCUCAUCCACUGAACACCCACCCAGGUUUACAACCGUGGUUACACACACACAUACAAUUAUCACUGCCCUCAAUCAGAUAAACUUGCAUAUUAUAUACCUGAUUACACACUUACUGUAGGAAAUAUCUACCUUUGGAUGAUUGCCAUUUAUCGAAGGCAAGUCUCAAACCCCCAUUGAUUGUGCACUACAUGAAAAAAAAUAGCCUGGUAUCCAUUCUGUUCUACCGGUAGCUAUGGUUUUCUACUUCGACAAACCCAGAUACAUUUGGAAUAGGUAAUAUGGUUCCUGAUGACAGUAUAGUGACAGUAACAGUGUUCAAACAGGCAGUCGGAAGCUUGAUCCUAGUUGAACUGCUUCUGAGAAGAAUUUGAUUCCCAGUAAUGCAGGAUGUAAGGACCAAAAUUCUUCAGUGGGAAUGGGGCCAGAGUAUAUGGUGGGGAAGUGAUCAGAGGAGCGAACUGGAUCUAGGACAGGAUGGAUUCCAGACCAGUAGAAAAUUCCCAUCCAUAAAUAUGAUUUUAGAGUAACAUUAACACGUACAGUUCAUGUGCCAAGUGGAUUAAUGUUGAUAAAUGAGUGUGAGAGGAAGUUUAAAAUAAGAGGGCCUGUUGAAGAGUGUAAAUAUUGCUGAACUACAUGUAGGCUGUUACAUUGGAUCUGCUGGUGCCAAAUUUGGUACAUCAUCGUUACAGAAUUAAAACACAGUCCAGAUGUACAACAUUGUACAUGUAGCUAUGAUCAGGGCACACCAUAUUACAAACAGCUAAAAACCUGUAGACAGUACUGUAUUAGAUGCACCUGGCAGCUUACUAUAGCACUGAAUUAUAAUAGUUCUGUAGUAACAAAAAUAUCAAAAGUGAAAUGCCUUUGGGGUGAUAAUUGUAGGGUGUAGGUUGCUGUAAGUAUUUAGCUCAAAGAUGGUAUUUCUUGAUUGGACUGCUAAUUCUGGAUCCUUAUACCGAUAGAAGCAUUGAGGGUGCAUCUGGCACUGAUGACAUGCCUCUUAUACAGUACUGUAAAUCACUAGACACACUUUCACAAUAAAUAAUGUAAAGAAACACAAUGAAGUACAUGUACUUGUAGGUGAUGUAUUUGCACAUGUAGUAAAUGCACUGUAAAAUUGUAACAACCUGGUAAAUAUUCUCCCACUAAACAUUUCAACACACCCCCCAACAGCUUUAGAUUGUAGACAAUUAACAUUUUUUAGUAAAGUUCAAAAUGUAAGUAUGAAGUAACUGGUAAGCAUUAAGUUUUGAAAGGUAGGGAAACUUGUGAUAUAUUAGCAAUUGUAACUGGUAGAUUCCUAAGCUACCUAAUCAAAUUAGUGUGACCAUCAGUACAAGUAAUGACAUUCAAAAAUCUUAGUAAAAUUGUAGAACUGUGACAGUUAGAAUGUACUUCUGAAUACGAAAGUGAUACAAUGUAUAUGAAAACUCUUUCUGAUUAUUGACAUAUUUUCCACAUGCAAAAUAGCACUUCAUGAUCAGUUCUGCCCUUUGGAAGAUAAUAGCAAGUAUAUAUAGAACAAGUGAAUGUCUGCAGACUGUGUACAGUGGGUAACUUUGUGUUGUAUGGGUCAUCAAUUGUAGAUUAUGAUCAUGACAUUGUGUUUCAUGGAGAAAUGUGCUGAAUCCUUAUGAGAAAGGUAAAGCAAAGAUGGUGCCAGGACUGAAUGGUGUCCCCUGGAUGCACCCAUGACGUCUUGACACAACAACACUCUAUCAGAUUCUCUGAUUGACGUAUGAAAGAAUGCCAUGGAUCAGGCAGUCAGUGCUGUACAUGGACAUGUAAUGUUGUCAUGAUAUUUGUGUUGCUGAGUAGGCCUCCUUUCCAUUAGAUGGUGAUUGCUGAGUGUCCAAAAUUAGAUUUGUGCCCCCCUUACUAUUAUAAUUGGACUACAAUGCACAAUGUUUAAGUACGAUUUAAAAGACAACAAAACACACAAAAAGUGAAAAAAAUUCUUUAUAUCGUUGAACAGCUGUCAAUUUUUGGGUAUCUCAGCCAGUUUCUAGUGGAAAGUCUGUUGUUAGCUGUUGUCCGAUGAACAGUAUUUUUACUGUACUUGAAUGAUGAGUGAGUGGAAAGUGUCAUAGUUCUGUAAUAUUACAUUUUACUCUCUAUAGAAUGUGUAUGUAUACUAUAUGCUUCUGUAUAUUAUGGUCAUAUGUAAUCAUUAAUGGUAUAUUAAGAUGCAAAUUACAGCAAAGACAGACAACAGUUAAGUCUACAGGACCCUGUUGGGAUGUUUUCCAACCUUUUGAUGUUGCUUCGUUAGUGCAAUGGACUGUAUACUCAGAAGAUAUUUCCUGCUUAUAUGUUUUAGAAAUAGAAUUUAUUUGAAGGUGCAAUCAAUAAAGCAGUCAUUUCUCUCA